GUUUUGGGCCCAUAUCCGGUGGUUCUCAGGGCUUACUCCUGCUUCUGCACUCAGGGAUCACUCCUGGCAGACUCAGGGGAGACCAUAUGGGGUGCCAGGGAUCGAACCCAGAUCGGCCUCGUGCAAGGCAAAUACCCUACCUGCUGUACUAUGGCUCCAUGCUGGAGGUUUAUUAAGGUUGUUCGCCGUGAAGGACAGCAGCCGUAACUGCCAUGGCGUCCUUGGUGGCUUACGAUGACUCGGACUCAGACGCGGAGCCGGAGCCUGAUGGCUGUGGUGCGGCGGGGCCGAGAGACUCUUCUGCUGUGGUCCAACCUUUGGAUUUUGCCUCAGGUGCCUUGGGUGAGUCGGAAGGGGGAGCGCUGCCCCCCCAGCCUGGCUCUUGUGGAGAGGCAGCGGGACCUCGUCUUCACCUCCCGCUGGCACGGCUCGGGAAAGUGGCCCCAGCAUCCUGCCCCAGCCAGAGACUGCAGUGGCCUUGGGCAGCGCCGGAAAUCACCGUCCCCAGUCACCAGCCUUGUUCCUCCUUGUGGACAAGCCACGUUCCCUCGAGCCACGUGCCCGUGACAGCAGCUGGUGGGAAAGCCCCAAAGCGCCCCUGGGAAAGUUCCUGCUCCCUGGAGCCGCUUACCCCUGCUCAGACCAAAGCCGAAACCACCCGGAAAACUGUCAACUGUCUUCAGAGGAAGCGGGGUGAGGACGGUGUCGUGCCCUAUACCCCCAAGAGAUUCCGACAGUUGCCAGGGUUGAGCACAGAGACCAGGAAGAACAGAGAUGGAGGGCCGCAGGGUUCCUCGGCUGUCCGGCUCCGGCCCCCCGCCCCUCUAUGUGUGCGCCCCCAAGUGUCCGAGUUCAUCGAGCCAUACCUGAAGAGUCAGUACAAAGAAACCCUGAUUGCCAAGAAGGUGCUCUUCCAUCUGCGAGGCCACCGCGGGCCGGUGAACAGCAUCCAGUGGUGUCCUGUCGUCUCCCGCAGCCACAUGCUGCUCUCCACGUCCAUGGACAAGACCUUCAGGGUGUGGGACGCCGUGGACACGGGCAGCUGCCUGCAGACUUACUCUCUGCACAGUGAGGCGGUGCGGGCCGCCCGCUGGUCUCCCUGUGGCCGGCGCAUCCUCAGCGGCGGCUUCGAUUUCACCGUGCACCUCACAGACCUGGAGACAGGAGCCCAGUUGCUUACCGGUCGGAGUGACUUCCGUGUCACCGCCUUGAAGUUUCACCCCAAAGAGCCCAGCGUCUUCGUGUGUGGGGGCUUCAGCUCUGAGAUCAAAGCCUGGGAUGUGCGGAUUGGCAAGGUGGUGAGAGGCUACAAGGCGACCGUCCAGCAGACCCUGGACAUCCUGUUCCUGCAGGAAGGCUUUGAGUUUCUGAGCAGCACAGACGCCUCGAGCCGGGACUCGGCCGACCGCACCAUCAUCGCCUGGGAUUUCCGGAGUUCCGCCAAGAUCUCCAACCAGAUCUUCCACGAGAGGUACACCUGCCCCAGCCUGGCGCUGCACCCGCGGGAGCCCGUGUUCCUGGCCCAGACCAACGGCAACUACCUGGCCCUCUUCUCCGCAGUGUGGCCCUACAGGAUGAGCCGGCGGCGGCGCUACGAGGGACACAAGGUGGAGGGCUACGCCGUGGGCUGCGAGUGUUCCCCGGACGGCGACCUGCUGGUGACGGGCAGCGCUGACGGCCGUGUUCUGCUCUACACCUUCCGUACGGCCAGCCGGGCACGCACGCUGAACGCACACACAGAGGCCUGCGUGGGCACCACCUUCCACCCCGCGCUGCCCUCGGUCCUGGCCACCAGCUCCUGGGAGGGCGACGUGAAGAUCUGGCACUGAGGGGCCUCCUGGGCAGGGAGGUGACCGAGCAUGGACUGGCGCCUUCCUGGCUGCUGUGCCUUUGUCUUCUCAUCUGUAAAAUGGGGGCAGCUGC